AUGGAAGAAGAGCAAAGCGAGUUUCGACACUGGGACGAACUACUUCCUGAUGUAUUGGGGUUGAUCUUCACUAACCUGUCGUUACAAGAGUUACUGACAAUCAUUCCUUGUGUCUGCAAAUCCUGGAGAAAGACAGUUGGGGAUCCCCAUUGUUGGCAAGAUAUAGAUCUUGACGAAUGGAGCUGUCGCUGGCAGCCCCACCAACUCGAUCGGAUGCUUCGAAUGCUAGUCAGAAGAAGCAGUGGAUCUCUCCGCAGGCUACAUGUUUCAGGUCUUAAGAAUGAUUCCAUUUUCUCAUUCGUCACAGAGAAGUAAUCUUUGGCUCCUUGAGUUUCGACUACGCAUAGUAAAAUAAGUGAUUCAAUAGUAGAACAAACCGCCCCAAGACUUUCCACCGUCACUUUCACGGAUUUGAGUUCUUGUCCCAAAAUUGGUGCCCAAGCUAUAGAGGCCAUUGGAAAGCUUUUGCAAACUUCUUGUAACUUCGUGCAUAACAUGUUCUUGGAUUCAGCAGCAAGGUCGAGCCAGGAGGAUGGGCGAAUGCAAUAAGCGACCACAAUGCCAAGGCUAAAGCAUCUUGAGUUGGGUUUUCAUCUUAUCGACCUUGAAUGUGUUCUCAACAUCCUCUCUAGCUGUCCUCAGCUUAAGCAUUUGGUCAUAGAUGGUUGCCCCCAGGUGAAACUUGAUCGUAAGUUCCUUAAAGAAAAAUACCCAAAAUUAAAGGUAGUGGGACCUCAUCUCGUGAAGGCUAGACCGGAGAAGCGCUUCAUCUUUGGAGUUCAACGGUACCAGAUCAAUGACUUCUUUUACGGAACACUAUGGGCCGAAAUUGAUAAAAUUGUGGCGAUGGUGGAAUGUUUGGUUAGUAGGAAAAGCUACGAGACUAAUAUUGACACAAAAAGUCAUUGGUAG